AUGUGUUUGAUGUCUUGGAUUAAAGUGUGCAAGCCAAAGAAGAUGGGUGGUUUAGGAGUGAAAAAUUUGAGAUGUACAAGUAGAGCUUUAAAGGGGAAGUGGUUAUGGAGGUAUACAAAGGAGAAUAAGAUGUUAUGGAGGAAAGUGGUGCAGCAAAAACCGAAGAAUCAAGAAGAGGUAUUGAUUCCAGUGGAUGAUGGUAAACCUCAAGGGAGGGGAAUGUGGAAGACAAUUUUAAAGUCAACUAAUUUCCUUAAUGAACAUCUUGUUUUUCAGCUGAAGAAUGGCAGAGGCAUUAAGUUCUGGGUGGAUAAGUGGACAACUAAUGGGCCGUUGAAGGAUAGAUAUCCUACGGUUUUUAAAGCUUGUAGUGAGAAAAAUUUGCCUGCAUUGGUGGAUGAAGAAGAUAUUGUUUCUUUCUUGGAUGAUUACACUGUUAAGAAAAGAUAUGAGCUACAGAUAGAAGAAGAUACAACUUGCAAUUUUGACAAGUUUUUGUGGAAAAAAGAAAUCCCUUAUAAGCACAGAGGUACUGAUAUUCCGAAUACAGUCUGUAGCCUAUGUAAUAAGGAAGAUGAGACAACAGAUCAUAUUUUUAUUCGAUGUGAUCUUGCAAAAGAAGUUUGGGAGUAUUUUGUGAAGGCUUGUAAUGUGAAUUGGAUAGUUCCAGCUACUGUGAUGAACCUGUUUAUGUAUUGGAAGGGUAUUGUUCUUAAAGGCAGAAGCAAAGAAGUUUGGGAGAAGUUGAUUUAUGCAAUUUUAUGA